AUGGAAGAUCAAGGUGCUCAAUUAGCAGAGAAACUUCUAAGUUCCGGUUGGGGAGUAUCGAAAAUCCUGGAAAGUUUUGUAAAACCAGUGUUUCUAAAGAAUUCAAAGGUUCAGAAUGCUAAACUGAGCAGUGGAAAACAAUUAAAGAAACGCGUAUUGAACUUUGAAGAUAUGGAUGAGUCGUGGAGGGUUGAAAUAAUGCAAGCUACUAGUAUACUUCAUUGGUGCAUUUCUCAAACGAAGCCUUCUGAAGUCGAAUCAAUACUUGGUCUCGUUAUUCCACCAAUAUUGUCUCUUAUUGACGAUUAUGAUGUGAAAUUAAAGACCCGUGGUGUUUCUAUACUUGAGCGCCUAUUAAAAUUAGUAGAUUCUGAAACAUUUCAACCUAGUAAUACGUCGAGUCCUUCUGGAACAAAUACCAAAAGUUUGUGA